CUAUGGUACAUUCAUUUUAAUAAGGCUAAACUUCUAUUUAAGUUAAAUAUUACUUACUGAAAUCUUAAAGGUUGAAUUACUUCUAUAGCAGAAAUAGCCAUGAUAAUCGGACAAAUUUGCUUGUUUCUUUUCCUGUUUAAGAAUGUUUACGGAAGUACUGCUCCAACACCGCCACCACCACCACCUCCUAUGUUGGACUUCACAAUGUUACUAGCUGCUGCCCGACAUAACCAGGAUCAUCUUAUAAACAUCGUGAAUGGGAUCCAGCAAACGAUUGCACAGCAAGUUGCCGCCAUUUCAGACAUAGCAAAUACAAUUGCAGGUGAUGCGUCAGGCAUCAACAAACGGGCUACUUUAGAGAAAGUAAAUAAUCUGGGCAGUACCUUUGCAGACACAAACACCAAAUCCAGCUUAAUACAAAGCAGUGUAAAUCAAAUGAAUGGCAACAUUGAUUCUAUCCUGCAAAUUGCACAGUCAGUCAAUGAUAAUACAGAUAAUGUGAAGGGUACGACAAACCAGAUUAAACAGAACAUGGAAUCAGUCGGCUCUUCCUUUGGUCAUAUUGCAGAAAGAAUCGACUCUAUCGGCCAUACCACAAACGAAAUCAAGACGCAAACUGAUUCCAUUCAGAGUUUGGCCUCUGAAACAAACAGGAAAACGGACAUGUUACGAAGUUUGUUCAACAACUUCGCUAGAAUCACUCGACAAACAGUUCAAACGGCCAGAUGCUUGUUUGGAUAGACCUGAUGGGUAGACAUGAUCGACAGUUUU